CAAAGUCGAUUGAUCGGAAGUCGACUUACCUAUCCCUAUGAAGAAUUUGUGGAAACUUCAUCUUCUUCAACGAACACUGUGAACACUGUGGCUUCAUCACCCAUCUCUGUACCGAGAAUCUACUCUGUACAGGAUAUUUUCGAGGAUAAUAGCGACGUUCGGAAUAUAAACAUUUCCAAAUAAUUGUCCCCCGACCUACGUUACGUUUGUGGAGACCUUUUAUUUAAUUGGAAAGAAUAUAGGAAUAUCUGGUGUCCUACUAAAAGAAAAAACUCUGUAGAAGACAUGCCUCAAAUGCCCCUGCCUCCUUUGGCACAGAAUGCUAUCGAACCAAUGCAAGUCGAUGCUCCAAUGGAGGACAACGACAACAACGAGGAACACCAUCUUAUUGUGGAAAAUCCAACAUUGGACUUGGAGGUCUACGCUAACUCUUAUGUGGGUUUGGCCCGUCUGUAUCGCUUGAUUUUCGUGGCCGAUGUUUGUCCAUCAUUGCGACUAGAGGCCUUAAAAAUGGCAAUUAACUAUGUGAUGACCACCUACAACGUAACCAUGUAUCGAGUGCUACAUAAGAAGCUGAACGACAUAUAUGUUAACAGUAACGGUGCUGGAGGAGCGAACGCUUCUGGUGGACCCCUUCCAGAUAUUGCGGCCCAGCCGGCAUUGGCUGCCCAGGGAGAUUUGCCAGUUUUUGACCAGAGUUGGGUUGAAACUAAAAGCAAGAAGGCUGCUCUUAAGUUAGAAAAGUUGGAUUCUGACCUUAAGAAUUUUAAAUCAAGCUCCAUAAAAGAAAGUAUACGUAGAGGUCACGAUGAUCUUGGCGAUCAUUACCUGAGUUGCGGGGAUCUAUCAAAUGCACUCAAAUGCUAUUCCAGAGCAAGGGACUAUUGUACCAGCGGCAAAGAUGUGGUAAACAUGUGCUUGAAUGUCAUAAAGGUGUCACUCUAUUUGCAAAAUUGGUCGCACGUCCUAAGCUACGUUUCUAAAGCAGAAAGUACUCCAGAUUUCAGUGAAAGUUCAAAGGAUGCAAACCAGGCUGUCCUAACACGUCUGAAGUGUGCGGCUGGUUUAGCCGAGCUGCAAACCAAAAAAUACAAGCUAGCUGCAAAAUUCUUUCUUCAGGCCAGCUUUGACCAUUGCGACUUUCCUGAAAUGAUAUCUCCAAACAACGUCGCCAUGUAUGGUGGCCUGUGUGCAUUGGCCACUUUUGAUCGCCAAGAACUGCAAAAAAAUGUAAUUUCCUCUAGCUCAUUUAAGUUAUUUCUGGAAUUGGAACCGCAACUACGGGAUAUUGUCUUCAAAUUUUAUGAAUCUAAAUACGCAUCAUGUCUGACACUGCUCGACGAAAUAAGGGAUAACCUUCUAUUAGAUAUGUACAUUGCACCCCAUGUCAAUACUCUAUACACAAAAAUCCGUAAUCGUGCUUUGAUUCAGUACUUUAGUCCUUAUUUGUCGGCUGAUAUGCGUAAAAUGGCUACUUCCUUCAAUCGCACUGUCGAAGCUCUUGAGAACGAAGUAAUGCAGUUGAUUUUGGAAGGACAGAUCCAGGCGCGCAUAGAUUCCCAUAAUAAAAUUCUCUAUGCCAAGGAAACAGACCAACGCAGCAGCACUUUCGAGAGAGCAAUUCUUAUGGGAAAGGAAUAUCAAAGACGUACGCGAAUGUUAGUAUUAAGAGCUGCUCUACUCAAGAGCAAUAUCCACGUUAAGAGUAUUCCACGUGAUUCGGGAAGUCAUGUCACUGAUUUAUGCGUUGCUGCCGGUUCUAGUACCCCCACUACAGCUAGGAUCUAAUUUUCAUGCGAAUUUGUCAAUGGCCCAUUUUGUUUACACAUUUGCUUAAAAUAUGAUGAUUAUGAAUAUAAAUUAAAAAUGACUGUAUUCGAUUUUGUGUGAAAUACCAAUACUAACCUGGCUGCUCCUUAUACCAGAGUUUGGUUACCAUAGUGCCACAUGCUUGCUUGAAGUAUGGUAUUCAUAAAUAUCAAUUAAAAUUAUUUUUAUUAUUUUUUUUAAA